AUUGAAAUUCAUAAAACCGAACUAUUUUGGUGUAUUUUGAACUUAAUUGCAUUACAGUGUUGUAAAGAUAUUGAUUAAUAAAUAGGUAAAGGACUUUAAGGUGUUAAAUCAGUUUUAAUUUAAAUACAACAUGACAUGUGUACUAUCAAUGAGCCUAUUGUAUCAGAACCAAUACAAAGAUAAUGCCACAGAUUUACAAAACAAGGCGUUUAAAUAUUUAGAUUUUAACUGGAAUGUAAACGGUUGCCAACAUUCUGGUAUUCUUAGGAAACAGACUCAUUGUAGCAAAUGUCACAUUGAUACAGACAAAGGUUCAUCGAAAAUGUGUCAGUUGGAAAUUUCAAAUGAAAUCUUAGAAAAUGUUAAAUACGUUCAGCACAUUGUGCCCUCGCAAAUUAUGUAUGGAUCAAAAUAUAAUACACAGAUUAUUAAUGAAAAUGAUUUAACUCGCACGUCCGACAUGUGCAUCAGGUCUGAUAACGAAUUGGGUAAAUUUGAGUUUACAAAAAUCGGAGUGAAGCGAAAGGCUGACACAGAACAUUGUGUUGAAGAGUACAUUCCCCCAAAGCGAGUGUCUCCAUUCUUAAACACACCAAAGGAAAAGAAAGACGAACGGAAGAACGUUUUAAACAUUUCUAUGAAAAAAAAAGAGCUUGACGACCCUGAGAUCUUUCUCCGAAGAAGUGUUCUUAUUAAUAAUUUGACGGAAUGUUUGCAAACGGAGUAACGACAAGAAAAACAAAGCAGUUGGAAGUUAAGCUCAACUAAAAGAAAGUGUCUCAGUGAUUACAAAGUGCUCAAUAACAGUUGUCUGUCAGACACUUAUUUAGAUGACGAUCCAUACCUUAGUGGUUUACAUGAAGCAAUUACUGACGACAUGACAGACACCCUAAUCAAUAAUGUGUUAAAUGAUAGCGAAAUAAAGAAAACAAAAGGUGAAUAUGAUUCCUGAUGCACAGUUACUUAAAAUUGCCCGAAUAAGAUGUCAUUUAAAUAUUUAUAAAACAACCAUUAUCAAUGUGUUUAUGUCAUCUUGAAAAGGACAUGGCACAGAAAUUAUUGGAAUGCAUGGAAUACGAAAUGUUAAUCAUGAAAUUCAAUGUUUAUAACUUGACACCAUUCCUUGAACAUUCAAUUAUUCAAGUUCAAAUGUCAUGAUGUAUGACGUAAAAGAUAUUACUAAAACAUUUUACUAUUUAAGAUAUUUAAUGCGUGUGCCGUUCUGUCUGUAUCAGUCUGUCUGAAUUGUUUGAAGAGAACGACUUUUUAUACAGAUGACAAUAAAAAAGAAUUAAAUGAGAAACUGAAAGAAAGUUGAACUGUUGAACUUGAAAAUAAAUCUGGACAAGGUUUUAGAGACACAUUCCGUAUAUUCAUUAUUUUUUGAUUAGCAUAUACAUUGCAUCAGGAGGAUCUACUUCUGAUUUUUCUAACACGUUUGAAAUGAUGUCAUGCGUUUGGAUUGGAGGUUAUUGAUUUAUAAUAAGUCUUAAAAUAUAUUUAUUUUAACAACGGAUGGAAACAAUUUUGGAACUAAAUAUUUUGAUGUAAGUGGGAAAUAUCAAAACAACAUAAUUAUUAAAAUGUGCAGUCUAAGUGUUUAAAGUACAAAGUUACGUAUCUGUUUUAUGAUUUCAUAAAUUAUGUAUAUUUGCCAAUAAGGUCUUAAAUCGAAACAUAUUUGCUAUGACGAUAUUUCUUCAAAGUGUACAGAGAACCUUUAUAAGAGUUGCCUUUACACUUUUAAACAAUGUUUCAUUUGUUUAUUAAUACUUUUUACAUGUUAAGAAAUAAAUAACUCGUUCCUGUUAAAAAUAUUACGCUUUUUAAAUUUACAGCCCACAAAAUGAAUCAUGUUCACACUUUGUCAUAGGGCAGACAGGUGCUUGUGUAAAGAAUACAUAUAAUAAAGAUAAAAAUCUACAUUCAGUUUUAAACAAGUUAUCAUGUUUGCCUUUGUGAUGUUAUGGAUGAAAUCAAGUUAGUUCAAUUAAAAUAAUAUUAAAAGAAUAUUUAUAAAAUUUUGAAAUGAAUAUUAUAGCUUUAAAAGCUUUAUAUAACUAUAAGGAAUAAACAUUUAAUAUAUA